AUGUACUUCAACAACGUCAAAGCUCUCGCCGUUCUCGCCUUUACUAGCGCCAUCGUAUUAGUAGCCGCUGCACCUAACCCAGCUGGCAACAUCUCGUAUCGCGGAGAUGUAGGAGAUGUCGGUCACAAGAAUGAAAACUCUGAAAAGGGUGUGGAUGCCAAGAACAACGAUAAUUACGACAAAUACGAUAAGCAAGACAAGGAAUCUCACGAAGAGGCGCUCAAGAAGCACAGCAAAGAGGUCGAAAAGCAGAAAAUGCUGACGAAAGAAGCUGCCGAAAAGAACAAAGCAAAUGACAAGAACCAGAAGACAGACGAGUACUGGAAGGGUGAGAAGAAAGAUGACAACACGUACGACAACAAGUCUGGUAAUAAGAAGCAAGACAAUCAGUACGACACCAGUAAGAAACAAGAUUCUGGCAAGCACGAUACCGACAUGAAACAAGAGCACUACAACGACAAAAAGCAAGACAAUCACUACGACACCAGUAAGAAACAAGAUUCUGGCAAGCACGAUACCGACAUGAAACAAGAGCACUACAACGACAAAAAGCAAGACAAUCACUACGACACCAGUAAGAAACAAGAUUCUGGCAAGCACGAUACCGACAUGAAACAAGAGCACUACAACGACAAAAAGCAAGACAAUCACUACGACACCAGUAAGAAACAAGAUUCUGGCAAGCACGAUACCGACAUGAAACAAGAGCACUACAACGACAAAAAGCAAGACAAUCACUACGACACCAGUAAGAAACAAGAUUCUGGCAAGCACGAUACCGACAUGAAACAAGAGCACUACAACGACAAAAAGCAAGACAAUCACUACGACACCAGUAAGAAACAAGAUUCUGGCAAGCACGAUACCGACAUGAAACAAGAGCACUACAACGACAAAAAGCAAGACAAUCACUACGACACCAGUAAGAAACAAGAUUCUGGCAAGCACGAUACCGACAUGAAACAAGAGCACUACAACGACAAAAAGCAAGACAAUCACUACGACACCAGUAAGAAACAAGAUUCUGGCAAGCACGAUACCGACAUGAAACAAGAGCACUACAACGACAAAAAGCAAGACAAUCACUACGACACCAGUAAGAAACAAGAUUCUGGCAAGCACGAUACCGACAUGAAACAAGAGCACUACAACGACAAAAAGCAAGACAAUCACUACGACACCAGUAAGAAACAAGAUUCUGGCAAGCACGAUACCGACAUGAAACAAGAGCACUACAACGACAAAAAGCAAGACAAUCACUACGACACCAGUAAGAAACAAGAUUCUGGCAAGCACGAUACCGACAUGAAACAAGAACACGACAACGACAAGAAGCAAGACAAUCAUUACGAUACCGACAAGAAAGACUAA